AUGCUGUCCCGGGGGUAUCGCGGCGUGCGCGUCGAGCUCCUCGAGGCGGGGCCGCCCGGAGCUGACGACGGCGUGGUGCUCGUUGGGCGUCGCGCAAUGGGGGGGCGACGCUCGACUCGAGGCGACGCAUUCCGGAGCUCACGACGACGGUGCUCGAGAGGAGCAAGCAGCCGGCGCGCGGCGUGCGGCGCCCGCCUUCUAUCGGCACGGAGGGACGUUGGUCUGAUGAUGAUCCUCAUCCUUGGUGGAGGCAUACUGAACAGGUGGAACGAGCACAGUCCUGCAACGCCCGUGGCCCUUGGCGACGGCAUCGUGGAGGUCAACGGCAUUACGCCGCCGUGUCGAGGAGCGAUGCUGGCGCGGCUGCGGGGGUGCUCCAGUUCUGGGAUCCAGCCCACCUGUGUCGAGCCCGCGGAAAUGAUUGCGCAUGUGUAUCGCGGAACCCUCUUUGGCGACGAUCCUUUGUAA